GAUUCAAAGCUGUUCAUGUAAAUCGCUCGAUCUCUAUUGAUUGUCGAAUAAGAAUGUAAACAAAUCAACCUGCAUUGCAACACACAAUACAAUCACGGCAUCUAUCGGGUGAAGUAUUUGCAGCUUAUUAGCAGCGCCAUUACUCGGCAAAAACACGAAAUGAAUAACAAUCAAGUUUCGCUGAAGUGAUUUGAACGGCAGAACGACGGGGUCAUCACGCCCUAAUAGCGCUGUACUCUACCACUCCCUGGGGAACAUAUCUAGCGAGGAAGAGCCCACAAUUGCGCUACCAGCAGUUGUAGACCCGGAGCGGGAUAUGUCCAACGUUACCAACAUAACUGUGGGAGGGGUCCCAGACUCCUCUGAAGUUGAUGGACCCACCCAAACAAACGAAAAUGGGAAACAGAAACCGAACAUAGAUUUCUACGAUCCCAACAAUCAAGAGCAUGAUGGGAUGGAAAUGUCUCCAAUGGGAGGACUUGAUCGACAAGGAACUCUCAUCGACCCGAAAGAAAGUAUGCGAAGAGCAGAAAGCGUUGAAACGUUGAAUCUUACCCUCCAUCAGUGUGCCAGAGAUGGCAACCUUGACAACAUGAAGCGUUAUCUCCAAGGCAUGACUGGGAACAUCAAGCGGAAAAUCAAUGCCGUUGAUGAGGACAAACUAAGUGCCCUUCACUACGCUGCACGAUACAAUCAUGUCGACAUUGUGAAACUGCUCAUCGACAAAGGCGCAGACAUCAACAUGAAGGGGGAUGAUGAUGCAAGACCACUACAUUAUGCAGCCAGGUACAAGCCACAGAGACUUCAUGCUGCAGCUAGCAGCGCAACAACACCUGAUGAUGAAACAGAUGCAUCAACUGUCGUAUCUGCAUCAGAUGUACAUGGGGAUGUGAUGGGUUUGAACAUUUCAAACUCUGUAAUUCUGCAUUUGUUAUCACGAAAUGCAGAUGUGAAUGCUCGUGAUGCAUAUGGGUCUACACCUCUGCAUUACGCAGCCACUCGUGGCAAUGAAGUUGCUGUAGCUGAAUUGUUAACAUCAAAAACCAUAUUAAUCGAGGCUGUCGAUCUUCAACAAAUGACUGCACUGCAUCAAGCUGCCACUCACGAUGAGAAAGAAGUUGCGAGAAUGUUGAUUGAGCAUGGUGCAAACCUCCGUUGUGCAGAUGAGGAUGGUGCCACCCCGCUACAUUAUGCCUGUUCAGAGGGUAAUGAAGAAGUUGUCCAGAUGUUAUUUGAUGCAGGCGAGAAGCUGGAUGGCUGGGUGACCAUAUCUCAGAUGGUGACAGACCAGGAUUAUGAAAGGAACACUGCAUUACAUCUUGCUGUUGUCAACCAAAAUUAUGAAGUUGUCAAAAUUUGUCUCAAAAAAGGGUCUGAUGUUAAUACUCACAGACUACACUACAACACACCAUUACAUCUGGCAGCUACAGCUGGUGAUGUACGCAUCAUUGAACUUCUCAUUGAAUACAAAGCAAGAGUAGAUUGCUUGAAUGAGAUGCAAGAGACACCCCUUCAUAGAGCUGCUGCAUAUGACCAUGCAGAUGCCGUGGAAUUUCUCAUCAAAAAAGGGGCAAGACUCGAGAAACAUGACAAAGACAACUUUACGCCACUGCUAAUAGCCGCAUGUAAGGGUCAUGCCAGCACCAUACAGAAACUGUUAGAUUGUGGAGCUGAUAUUUCUGCUAUGGAUAAAAAUGAGAAGACAGCAAUUUAUUGGGCUGCAGAGGAAGAUAAAGUUGAAGCCUUACAAGUGCUGUUGAACAAUCCAUAUUCCCGAGACAUGCUGGACAUCAGUGACCGUUAUGAUUCUGUGCCGUUACAUGUGGCUUGUCAAAAUGGCUACUUGGGAAUAGUCAAGAUGCUGCUAGACCAUGGUGCUGACAUGGAGUACAAGAAUGAAGAAGAACAAACACCCCUCCAUCUGGCUGCAAAGAAUGGCAAAACACAUGUCGUCUAUGAGCUGAUUAAGAGAAACAAAACACUCGUAAAUGACGAAGAUGAAGAAUCCAACUCUGCGCUACAUUUAGCUGCGUUAGCUGGCCAUACGAAAACCUGUACUGCUCUAUUGGAGAAUGGCGUAGAUAUUGAACCAAGGAACUGCAUCCAAUGGACUCCUCUUGAUUGUGCAGCUGCAAAGGGCUGGCCUAAAACUGUCAAAGUUCUGCUAGAGGCUGACUGCCCAGUAGAUCCUAUGGAUAAAUCUAAGACUACACCUCUCCAUCUUGCAAGCUCUAGAGGUCACGUUGAGGUUGUUAACAUACUGAUGAAGUGGAAUGCAAGUAUGACACAACGUGACACCAACGGAAUGAAUUGUCUUGAUCUAGCAAUUGACAAUGGACACAAAGACGUAGCAUUUGCUAUCAUCAACAGUGAUAAAUGGGAGGAAGCUUUGCGCAAUGAAACAUUGGACCUUGCUACAGGCCUAAGGAGCACUCCAAUGAGAAAACUCAUUAAGAAAAUGCCAGAUGUAGCAGAAAGAGCCUUCUACAGAUGUACAUCUGCAAAUAUGGGCAAUUCUGAUCACCCAGACUAUGAAAUCACAUUCAAUUAUGAGUUCUUGGAUGACAUGUAUGCCAUCUGGAGAGAAAAUUCGGGUACAAGUGACGCAAUGUCAAGCUCUGGAAGUGACAUCUAUAAUGAGGAUUUCACUCUGAAAGAGUCUGCUAAGCCGUACACAUCUGAUUCAACAAUACUCAAGAAAAACCAUCCACUCAGCAUUAUGGUAAAUGCACGUCGAGAAGAUCUAUUGGCUCAUCCUCUUGUGACAUCACUCCUACGUCAUAAAUGGAACUCAUUUGGACGAUACUUUUACUACAUCAAUCUCUUUAUCUACUUUAUCUUCCUUGGGUUUCUUACGGCAUAUGUGAUCGCCCAACGACCUCCAUUUCGACUAUUAGAUGAUUACAAAUUAUCAAAGUGUGGAGAUGUCAACUGUAAUAAUGAGACAUUCUCGUGUUUCCGAAUUGAAAAUUACUGGUGUGGGAAAAAUGAGUGCUUGGCCCCAAAUUUUGUUGCAGUUACAAUAGGGAAAUGGAUCAUUAUUGGUCUAUCUGCACUUAACUUAUUCAGAGAGAUCCAGCAGAUAUUCACCCAGAAAUUGAACUACUUGAGCUGGGAGAAUCUUCUUGAGUGGAUUAUGUAUAUAUUUGCAAUACUCUUUGUGGUUGACUUCCAAGGCUGCCAGAGGGAAUCAGGGAUACGAUUGGAGUGGCAAUGGCAGAUAGGUGCUUUCUGUAUCUUCCUGGCAUGGAUGGAGCUUGUCCUGUUUAUACGAAAAGUACCUCGUUUUGGAAUCUACGUCGUCAUGUUUACGGAUGUCUUACAGACGUUUAUUCGUUUCUUCUUGGUAUUUCUCCUGUUCAUGAUCGCGUUCGCCUUGUCAUACUUCAUGCUGUUCCAGAAUCAGGUAGCGUUUGACAACAUUGGAAAGAGUCUUGUAAAAACAGCGGUUAUGAUGAUCGGUGAAUUUGAGUUUGACUCGAUCUUCUAUGGUGACGAAAAACUGAAUUACCCGGAAAUCAGCUACCUAUUAUUCGUCUUAUUCUUAGUUCUUAUGUCAAUCAUCAUCAUGAACUUACUGGUUGGUUUGGCUGUAGAUGACAUCAAGGCUGUCCAAGACCAAGCUGUUCUAAAGAGAUUGGCCAUGCAGGUUGAACUAGCCUUAGAUGUAGAAGGUUUUCUCCCACAUUUUAUUCGGCGUAGAUUUGUACUUCACAAAGAGACUCUGCAACCAGGAAAGCCACCAAGCUGCAUAAAGCGAGUCUUCAAACUUGGAGAUGCAGCUUUAUCCGCGGUAUCUAUCGCAAAUGCUUUAAACCCUGAGUUGGAUGAAAUAGAGAAGGUCCAAGAGGCACAAGAACAGCUGCAAGAACAGGUGAAAAACAUACGCUAUCGCCUCAAGAACAUCCGCAGCCAGAAUGACCGUGUUGAGAGUAUGCUGGAAACUCUUCUGAAGGUACAGAAUGUCAGGUGGGAGGAGCAAGACACCAAUGAUGAUGUAGACAACAACUGAUCUGAGUGCAUCAUGAAAUGAAAUAAGCCCAUCUAGCUCUGCCUAGAAAAGGGGGAAAAAUCGCAUUUAAGUGUUAUAUAAAUAAGGUAAAAUAACACCAGGGAAAGGAAAUAUUGCUAGCACUUAUUUUAGAAAAGAGUGAAAGAAGCAUACAUGUACAGUGUAACAAAAUAAGAACAGUUAAAUAUAAAAACAAAAAAUAUAUAAAUAGAUAAAUUAUAGCAAUUUGGAAGGCCAGGGUAAAUAAAUGAAAUGUUCAACAUAAUUAUUUCAUCUUUUAACUAUACAUGUCCAUGCAGCAAGUACAGAAAAUUUUAGUUCUUGCGUGUUUUGUAAAAAAUAUGUCUUGUUGUACAUAAUACUUAAUUAGCUGAAAUUCUCGGAUAAAGGAAAAUUUCAGAUCAAAAAGUCAUAAUGCUGAUUGUAGAAUUCAUUUAUUACCCUCGUCUCCAAAGUAGCAAACUCAGGUCACAACUGCAAUGAGAAACAUAUCAAGCAAGACCAGAACAGUGUCAUUACAAUACAAUGCAAUACAAUGGGGAUCCAGUUUAAUGUGAUAUACAGUCUAGCAUACAGC